AGCACCAGCCGCGGCAUCAGACAACGUGCAGAGUGAGUGGCAGCGGUCGGAGGGAGCUGAGAGCCCGGAGGACAGAGGAGAAACUUGUGCUGACUUCUUCCAUCCUCUGCCUGCUACAUUGUCUCCAUCCUCCCCAGAAAGCAGCUAGGAAGACACCUGCUUCCCUCUCCUACUUUCCUUCUGAAGGUGGCAUCCUCCUGAACUCUACUGAGGUCCUCCUCCCACCUCCAGCCUCUCAUUACCUUACAGCUACCCCCCCCCAGCCCAGCACCCCCAUACUUCCAUGCACACAUCCCACCUCCUCUGCCUGCAAGUCAGCCUGGCUCCAAGUCACGUGUCAGUGCCCGAGGCAGACACCGAGGGAGAAGCUGCUCUUUCCUAUUCACACCGCCAUACUGUAAUUUUACUCCUAAAAAAAAAAUCUCAUUUUUAAUUACAACAUUUUACUCCCCACUCUGAAGAUGAAGUGAACGUCUGAGAGGCUCACAGUGCAGGUACUUCAUCUCUUGAAGGCGUUUCCACUGUUUGCAAUCACGAGAACAGCAACUACACUGCCUAUUGCUUUUUACUGUAUAUGUCUAUAAGAUACUCAGUAACUUUUAAAGGACAAUAAAGAGAUAGCUGAAAAAAACUGGAUUCGGAAGAGGGAAGGUUACACUGAUUUGGAUUUUUAAUCAGGUACCAACUUGUGCCAGGACCGUUGAAAAAAGCAUUUAAACAAUCACAGGGGAAGAAGUGGCAUACAAUAAUGACUGGCAAAACACAGACUAGCAACGUCACCAACAAGAAUGAUCCAAGGUCAAUCAAUUCCCGGGUCUUUAUUGGCAACCUGAACACUGGUAUUGUGAAAAAGAGUGACAUUGAAGGUAUAUUUGCCAAAUAUGGGAAAAUAGUUGGAUGCUCGGUGCACAAAGGAUAUGCUUUUGUACAAUACGUCAGUGAAAGACACGCAAGAGGUGCAGUGGCUGGGGAAAAUUCACGGAUUUUAGGGGGUCAGCCGCUCGAUAUCAACAUGGCAGGUGAACCAAAACCAUACAGACCAAAGUUGGGAAGUAAAAGACCAAUAUCAUCUUUGUACAGCGGCUAUGAGUUUGAUUAUGAUUACUACCGGGAAGAUUUCUACAAUCGGUUGUUCGAUUAUGGUCAUGGACGUGUUCCUCCUCCACCUCGUGCUGUCAUUCCUCUGAAACGUCCCAGAUUAGCUGUGCCAGCAACACGCAGAGGAAAAGGAGUCUUCUCACUGAAAGGAGCAUCACGGUCUGUCUCCUCUUCAUCAGGCUCCAAAUUAAAAUCUGAUGAGCUUCAGACAAUCAAGAAGGAACUGACCCAAAUCAAAACCAAGAUCGACUCUUUGCUGAGCAGGCUGGAAAAAAUUGAAAAACAGCAGAAGGCUGAAGCAGGUCAGAAAAAGCAACUGGAAGAUCAUUCUGAUUUGGCUCAAGAAGAAUGUAAGUCAGAAACAGCUGAAAAUUCUAUCGAAGAACAUGUUGGAGGACAUGAUGCUGAUGGAGAAGAGAUGACAGAUGGAAUAGAAGAAGAUUUUGAUGAAGAUGGAAGCAAUGAACUGAUGGAAAAUCAUGUAUCAGACAUUGAAGAUACAAGUAACUAAAAGUAUAACUUCUGAUACAAUAUGAAUACGUUACUGAUGAUCCUGAGGACUGGGAGAAUAAAUUGUACAUUUUCUGAUUUGACUGCGCAGAAACUGGGAGAAUUACUGAUUUUGAACUACAUGUUUUGACUAGUCCCGCUAUACGUUUUAUUAGAUUGUAAAUUUGCGUUUUUUUCUGUUUGCAUAUGGCAAUUUUCUAUUACUUUUCGUUCUUUUUACAAAUAAUUGCCUUUACGUUAUUUGUAUUAUACCUUUUGGAGAGCGCUGAAAGGAUUGUACACAUAUGUAUAUUUGUAAGAGCCACUUUUUACAAAUAGCUAAUUUCUGUCUAUCACAACUGUUUGUUGCUAUAAUUUAAACUUUUAUUUAUCAUUUGUAUUCUGGUGCAUUUCAUUUUGUUGAUUGUCUGUACUGAAUUAUAUGUAUAUAUAAGUAGAUUUGCACUGCUGUGCAUUAUUCCGAAAUCAUUUUAUUUAAAAUGUAAAUAACUAAUGUCUGUCCUUAUCGGUAAAACUAUUAGGUAUAUGUAACAGGUUAAUUUAUAUUUCUUUAUUUAGAUUUAAAAUACUAAAUGUGUUUGUUAGGUAUGGAUUUUGUGUCACCUUUUACUUAUGUUAGAUAUUUUAUUACAUGCUUGUACACAAUUCCUACAAAUGUUUAAGGUGCGCCCUUUUUAUUUCUGAAAAAACAGCAUUAUAAUCAAAUGAGAACAUUAAUAGUUAUAAUAAUAACAUUUUUAACAAUCAUCAGUACUGAUGAUAACAGAAAGUAAUAUAAUUAAAAAAUAAAUAUAAUAUAAAAAAGAAGUCUAAAAGUUAAACUUUUAGAUAUUUUAUUACAUGCUUGUACACAAUUCCUACAAAUGUUUAAGGUGCGCCCUUUUUAUUUCUGAAAAAACAGUAUUAUAAUCAAAUGAGAACAUUCAUAGUUAUAAUAAUAACAUUUUUAACAAUCAUCAGUACUGAUGAUAAAAGAAAGUAAUAUAAUUAAAAAAUAAAUAUUAAUAUAAAAAAGAAGUCUAAAAGUUAAACUUUUUAAUAUUCAAUCUCUUUUAUUUUACCAAAGGGAUCAUAAAAAAAUGUAUAGUUUGUUCAACUAUAGUUUUUGAUUAAAGUAUGUUAUUGUCUUAGAUUAGGGAGUGUAUUAAAUUAGUUAUUGUCAAACUAGCUCAGAAGGCCAAAAUGUAUUUUACUGGACAUUACCUUAGAUUGGCUUGACGAACAAAUAGCCAAACUCUUUUCAUACUUUCUAGGCAGUUACAGUAUCUAUUGUUUUCUUUUUAAAAGUUUUGCAUACAUGAAUUAAAGCUGAUGAUUGUAAACAACCCUGUCAGUGGUAAAUGGUUUGUCUCAACCCUCUAGCUAUCACUUUUUCUGGACAGCUUAGUCUGUUAAAGGAAAUUGGAAAAUAAUGGACUUACUUGCCAGACCACAAGGUGAAAAUAAAGGGAAAAAAGAGUAAACAAAAAAAGCCACCACAACUAAUCUAGGAAUUGGUGAGCUUCAAUAUAUUACAAUUUGUUCUUAGGUUUAUUACUGCUUUAAUUGGGGCUCAAUUCUCAGUCCUACAUGGUGUUGGUUAAACACCCCAGUAAAGAAAGACACUUAUUUUAAUCCAUUAUUUUCCAUUUAUUUGCGAAUAUAAAAGAAAAAAAAUAUUUUGUUGUAGCAUAAGAAAGAAUGCUUUUUGGCAGUGUAUUAACAUUAAGGAAAGUGUUUGUUUCUGGUAUGAUUAUUAUUAUUUGUUGUAUUGCCCUACACCACAAAGUUGAACUUAAAGGGGUUGUAAAGG